AUGAUACAGAUAAGAGCCGUCGGUGAAAAAGAGGCGGGUGCAUAUGCAGAGCAGAGUCCGACGCACCUCCCCAAUGAUGUCGAAAAGGGAACCGAUGCCCAUACCCUCCCGACGUACUGCUCGGUGCUGGCCGACACACGACCCAUAAUCACCGAAACAGGUGAAUUGCAGUUCGCGGCCGGCGACGCCGAGAAUCCCAAAGAGUGGUCUUGCACAAGACGGUGGUACUGCACGGGGGUUUCAAUCUUCCUCGUGGUCAACGCCAUGUUUGCCUCGUCCGCGCCCUCUGGAUGUCUGGAAGGGAUCUCCGAAGAGUUUGAUGUCUCGAGCAAUGUGGCUGGACUCGUGAUCACGGUAUUCCUCUUGGGUUACUGUGCUGGCCCGCUGCUCUUUGCUCCCCUCUCGGAGUUUUACGGUCGCCACCCCGUGUUCCUAACGACCUUUACGGGCUACUUGGUCUUCAACUUUCUCUGUGCGUUUGCACCGACAUUUGGCGCCCUCCUUGCCGGGCGACUCAUCACGGGGAUAUUUGCUAGUGCCCCACUUACCACGGCGCCCGGGUUGAUCUCCGACAUCUGGAACCCGAUCGAGAGGGGGAAUGCAAUGGCCGUGUAUGCCAUGAUGACGGUGACUGGGCCGGCCCUGGGGCCCGUUAUCUCUGGUUUCCUGCAAGUGACCAAGGAUUGGCGAUGGAGCUUCUACGUGCUGUUGAUGAUGGGAGCGGUCACCGAAGCUCUGGUAUUCACGAUCCCCGAGACCUUCCCAACGGUCAUCCUAGCAAGGAAGCUACGCACGCUGAAGAAGCAAGGCACCAUCCUCGACAGUGAGCAACUGGUCCUAGAACAAAGCGACAGCAAAGCCUUGAGGAAUGCAUUCAAAGAGAUAAUACGCAGACCCUGGGUCAUCAUGAUGGACCCCAUCGCCUUUCUCGUUGCAGCGUAUACCUCCCUCGUGUACCUGCUGCAAUACAUGCUCUUCUCAAUCUACCCGCUAGUCUUCCACGAGCAAAGAGGCUGGAACGUCGGCCUAAGCCAGCUGCCCCUAAUCGGGACCGCCGUCGGCGGCUGGCUCGGUGGCGUAAUCAUGCUGUACAUCUCGGCGCGAGAAAAGGAGCGCCUCAGAUGCGGCGGUGUUCUCACGCCCGAAGACCGUCUGCCAACCGCCAUGAUCGGAGGCGUCGGGCUCGCCGCAACAAUGUUCUGGUUCGCGUGGUCCUCCGCCUCGGACAGCAUCCCCUGGAUUGUCCCCACCCUGGCCGGCAGCUUCCUCUCGACAUCCAUGGCGCUCACCUUUAUCGCCAACAUCAACUAUCUGACUGAUACGUACUUGAUUUUUACUGCGAGCGCGGUGGCUGGAAACACCGUGUGUCGCGCGGCAUGUGGCGCCGUUGCCCCCUUGUUCACGCGGUCCAUGUUUGUGGCGAUGGGGGUAGGGCCUGGUGGCUCGGUUGUCGCGGGCACUGCCCUCCUGCUGGCCCCUGUUCCGUUUAUUUUCUAUAGAUAUGGCGCUCGGAUUCGUGCCAGGAGCAAGUUUGCUUCCAUGCAGGCGAAGAGACAAGAUAUGUAG